GUGACCUUCUUAUCGAUUAAUUAGGGUUUUUUUUUUUUUUUUUGUCCAUCUCUCCGACCUCUGUUCUGCAGAAACCUCUUCACAUCUCUUGCUUUCGUUCUUCACCAUGAGUAGGUCAGGACAGCCUCCAGAUCUAAAAAAAUACAUGGACAAGAAGCUUCAGAUAAAACUCAAUGCUAAUCGCUUGGUAAUUGGAACUCUUCGUGGGUUUGACCAAUUUAUGAAUCUAGUGGUUGACAACACUGUGGAAGUGAAUGGCAACGAGAAAACUGAUAUUGGCAUGGUGGUGAUUAGGGGCAAUAGUGUGGUCACUGUUGAAGCACUUGAACCUGUAAACAGGAUGCAGUGAUUGUGAACGUGUGGGAAGUUGGUUCGAUUCUUGCUGCUGUUCUGUUUUAUAGAUUGAGUUAUUAAAACAUUUGGAUCUGUAUAAUUUCGGGAUGUUAUUAAUUUUAGAUGGACUUCUUGUACUCCAUUCUGGACAGGCAGAUUAUGAUUUCAGCAAUGAGGUUCCUGUAUUAUUCUGGGAAAGGGAGAUUCAUUGCAUUAGGUAAAAAAAAAAAUUAUCACAGUGCUACAGCACUAAGAGCGAAUUAUAUUGCAAUUUAGGGACCGAUUGUUUCGUGGGCAUCUUAGAUUCUUAUGGAGUAGGCAUCUGGAUAAUCAUGUUUAUUUUGCGUUAUUGUGAAAUGUCUCGGUAUCUGAAGAUUCUUGGGUAUCUUAGGAAUGUCCAAACGGAGGACAUUUGGAGA